AUGAAGAUCAUAGUGACCGGUCCAUCCGGCCGUGUUGGCCAAGAAGUCGUCAGAAAAUGCCUCGAAAAUGAACGCAUCACCAGAGUUGUGAUUCUCACCAGGACCGCACUGUCCGGAGAAAUCGAAAGCCACCCCAAAGCGGACAUUAUAAUGCAUCAGGACUUUACUCAAUACUCGGACUAUCUGAUCCGCAGAAUGCAGGGUUCAGAGGCUUGCAUAUGGGCAAUCGGUGCCCGGCAAGAACAGUCGAGAGCCGAUAAAUAUGUGGAACGCAGUGUUGGUGUUGAUCUGCCAAUCGCCACGGCCAAGAUUCUGUGCGAUAAUCUCGCAGACAAGACGCCAGAAGGUGUAAAAUUCCGCUUCGUGUACUGCAGUCCGAAGCAUACUGAAAAGAGUAAAAAGACUUUUGUGUUUGCAAGCGAUACCCGAAAACUUGCAAAUGAUUUAGAGAAAGGGAUAGCGGAAGUCGUCAGCCGCCACAGGAGCGUUUUCGAAGCAUACACUCUGCGACCAGCCAACUUUAAAUCAACGGACACUCCGCUGCCGGCAUCUUCAUCAGCACCGAAGAAACUGGUCUCCAGCCUAGGCCACAACGUUAUCGCUUCAAUAGAUCCGGAAAGAGUAGGGAGGGCCAUGGUUGACAGGCUAGCCCUGUAUGUCGGUCUGUAUACUCUGAAGGGUGAUGGCCUAUGUGACAUUUUGCGACUUUCAGCUGGCGAACUUAUGAAUCUGGAUGCUUACGGCGCAAUGCCUCGGCGUAACAAGGCAUAUUAUGGCGUUACGGGUUGGGAGCCAGGAUUGAGGGCAUCUGAAUAG